GUCUUCAUAUCUCUUGAAAUCAGGCCAACAUGUUGGACUUCAUCUCCUUUGCCAUCUUCCUCAUUAUUAUCUCCACCACCCUCCUCCUGCUCCUCUCCAUCCACCACUUCCAAAAACCACCCCAUGUCCGCCGCCGUCUCAACCUCCCACCAAGCCCAUUCGCCUUGCCAAUCGUCGGCCACCUCCACCUCCUCAGCCCCUUCCUCCACCGCUCCCUCCACGACCUCUCCUCCCUCUACGGCCCCUUGUUUCACCUCCGCCUCGGCUCGGUCCCAUGCUUCGUAGUCUCCACUCCCGAGCUUGCAAAAAAGUUCCUCAUGACACACGAGCUCAAUUUCUCAUCUCGCAAGCAUUCCAUCGCCAUCGAUCGCCUCACCUACGACUCUGCAUUCGCCUUUGCGCCAUACGGUCCGUAUUGGAAAUUCCUCAAUAAGUUGUGCAUGUCUGAUCUUCUCGGCAAUCGUAGUAUCAAUCAUUCGCUUCCCGUUCGAACCAGAGAACUAAACGCCUUCCUUCAACUUGUCAUGAAAAAAGCCAAUGAUUGUGAAGCUGUGAACCUCACUAAAGAGCUGUCAAAGUACACAAACACUAUCAUCUCUCAGAUGAUGAUAGGUGUUACGGGUGAGGCUGAGGAAGCUCGAACUCUUGCCCGCGAGGUGACACAGAUAUUCGGAGAAUUUAACGUGUCGGAUUUCAUUUGGGUUUUCAAGAACUUGGAUUUGCAGGGGAUUCGGAAGAGGGUUGAGGACAUUCACUCAAGGUACGAUGCAUUGCUUGAAAGGAUUAUCACAAACCGGGAACAUGAAAGAAAAUCACCGAGUCUUGGAGAUCGUCACGCCAAGAAUUUUCUCGACAUAUUGCUUGAUGUUUCAGAAGAUGACAAUUUGAAUAUCAAAUGCACCAGAGAUCAAAUUAAGGGUUUGAUUUUGGAUUUCUUCACGGCUGCUACAGAUACAUCAGCAAUUGCACUUGAAUGGGCAUUAGCAGAGCUCAUCAACAAUCCAAGAGUGCUCCAAAAAGCACAAGAGGAGAUCGAUAACGUGGUUGGGAAACAUCGGUUAGUAAGCGAAUCAGACGGUCCAAAUCUUCCAUACAUCCAAGCCAUCAUAAAGGAAACACUCCGGCUUCACCCUCCACUCCCCAUGAUCAUAAGAAAAUCAGUACAGGACUGCAUGGUCUAUGGAUACAACAUCCCUGCCAACUCUGUCCUAUUUGUAAACAUUUGGUCUAUUGCAAGAAAUCCCGAGUACUGGGAGAGCCCAUUGGAUUUCAAGCCCGAGCGGUUCUUGAGGCCCGAAAACGGUGGCCCAGUGGGCCUAAUAGAUGUUAAGGGCCAGCAUUUUCAGCUGCUGCCCUUUGGUACUGGGAGGAGAGGCUGUCCUGGCAGUUCUUUGGCCAUGCAAGAGCUGCCUGCAGUGCUGGGGGGAAUGAUACAGUGCUUCGAGUGGAAGGCAGUAAAUCAGAGCGGGGUGAAGAUGAAUGGUGAUGGAGUGGUUGACAUGACUGAACAGCCCGGGAUGACUGCUCCGAGGGCCCAUGAUCUCGUGUGCAUGCCGAUAGCACGAAUCAAUCAACUUUAUACCCUUCUUAAUAGGGCUGAGCAAGCAAUUCGUGAAAUCCGUAAUCCGAUCCAGUCCAGUCCAAUCCAGUAGGUUUGGAUUGAUUUUUUGAAUCCGUGGUUCGGUUCCGGAUUGAAAAAUUAAAAAUCCGUAGUUCACGGAUUGGUUCCGGAUUG